ACGAGGAAUUUUACCUGACUGCGUGCAGGAGUUAAAACAUCUCCAGAAGAUGGCAGUAGAGUCACUCUAUGAAUUCAAACCGCCGUUAAAACCAACGAAGAGACACAAACAUCACCCGCUGUUAGUUUACUUGAGAUUUAUUUUUAACGUACUUGUUGUUUUUCUCUCUUGAGUGUUUUAUUGAGUGUAAACAGAGUCUUGUCUCUGUGUAUUUUAGUGUUGAUGAUGGAUGUGAUGUGCUGUAAAUCCGUAGGAACUGAUCUGUCCAUGCUGGAUAUUGAUGAUUUCAUCACAGAAAUCUCUCAGCUGAAGAAAGAGGUGGCGUUACUGGAGACAAAGCUGAGGUUAAGAGGAGAUGAAGUACUGAAGAGAGAGGACUCCGAGCUCAGUCUGACUUUACUCUGUUAUACUGAGUCAAAGCCCACAGACGCUCAGGACACUACAGUGUGUGACAGUAAUCAGGGCUUACAGGAUGAGGAAUCUACUGAUCAAACCUCCACAGAGUCUCUGGAUUCUGUCUGGAACGCUGGAGAACAGCAGCAGAUCCUGCAGACCAAACUCAAGAUGUGUUCAGUCAAACCCAUGGACUGCUCGAACCUCACGAUGGAGAUAAAAACUGAACCAACAGAAAUAAUAACUGAAACCACAGCAGAUGAAUAUGAAGACAAUCACAAUGAUGCUUAUGAUUUUAUUCUGACAGAUGUGAAGAGUGAUUUAUGUUCGGAUGGAAAAAUAACGUCCUCGACUCUUUCCUGCAUCACCGGUGGAGAGACUUUGAGCUCACAGAGACAUUUAAAGAGAAAACACACAGAACAGAAACUCUGCACCAGAUCUAAAAUCAGCUUAACUACCUUACAAGAGAAGGAACUUCAUUCACAAGAGCACAAAGAGAAGAAGAUAAAGUUUCACUGUCAGCAGUGUGGAAAGGAUUUUGGCUUCUUAUCUUAUCUGAAACGUCACAUAAGUAAACACAGUCAUGAAAAACCUUUCCACUGCACUGAAUGUGGCAGAUGUUUCAGCAGGAAAACAACUCUUGAUGUUCAUCAGAGAAUUCACACAGGAGAAAAACCAUACGAGUGUUCUCACUGUGAGAAGAGAUUCAACCACAAAUCUAAUCUGAGGAAACAUGUGCUUAUACACACCAAUGAGAGACCGUAUCAGUGCAGUGAAUGUGACAAAGCCUUUAGGGAUUCAAGGUUAUUAAAAUCACACCAGAAUAUUCACUCUGAAGAGAAACCCUAUCAAUGUUCACACUGUGAUAAACGUUUCUGUCAGAAAUCUCAGCUGAUACUCCAUGAGAGAAUUCACAAUGGAGAAAAAACUUUCCACUGCACUGAAUGUGGCAGAUAUUUCAGCAGGAAAACAAAUCUUGUUAUUCAUCAGAGAAUUCACACAGGAGAAAAACCAUACAAGUGUCCUCACUGUGAGAAGAGAUUCAACCACAAACCUCAUCUGAAGAGUCAUGUGCGUAUACACACCAAUGAGAGACCGCAUCAGUGCAGUCAAUGUGACAAAGCCUUUAGGGAUUCAAGUUCAUUAAAAUUACACCAGACAAUUCACUCUGAAGAAAAACACUAUCAAUGUUCACACUGUGAUAAACGUUUCUGUCAGAAAUCUCAGCUGAUAGUCCAUGAGACAAUUCACACUGGAGUAAAAAUCUCAUCACUGUAAUGUUUGUGGGAAGAGUUUUAGGCAACAUGCUAAGGUUUUAAAGCACCAGCGAGUUCAUACAGGAGAGAAAACUUACAAAUGCUCUCAGUGUGAGAAGACGUUUGCUCGAUCAGAACACUUAAAAGCCCAUCAGAGAGUUCAUACUGGAGAGAAACCUUACGUCUGCUCAAUCUGUGGAAAGAGCUUCCCACAUUUAUUUAGUUUUAGAGUUCAUGAGAGAGUUCACACUGGAGAGAACCCUCAUCACUGUAGUGUCUGUGGGAAGAGUUUCAGUCAACGUGAACAUUUAGUGAGACACCAGAGAAAUCAUACAGGUGAAAGACCUUACAAAAGAUCUCAGUGUGAGAAGUCGUUUACUCAGUCAAGUAAUUAAAAGUCCAUGAGAGAGUUCAAACAGGAGAGAAACCUUCAUGUCUGCUCGAUCUGUGGAGAGAGAUUCUUAUUCUGGAAGUCUUCAGCAUCAUCAGAAGAAACACGCUAAAGAACGAAGUACACUGAAAUCAUUGUAGUGUUUGUCUUGACACACUGGUUGUGUAUAUGCGAUGAGAAUAUUUGAUUCGAUAAUGUACUACAACAAAAACAAUUUAUUUCUAUGACUUUACAUUGACCUUGGUUAUUUGUGGUGCCAAAAGCAAAGAUUUAGUUCUCAUCGCCAGGUAACAUUUAUAAACUCUCUAAAUUUUUACUAUUAAUGUUUUUGUGUGAUUGAUCAGUGUGUUAUAUUGCUUGAAUUGAAUGUUGAAUUAAUUCGUCGUGGCCCAUGUAGCAGUGCUUCUCCUUCUGAGAAUAUAGUUCUCAGUAUAUAUACUGUUAAAAGAUGGCUGUGUCUCAUAUCACCUUGUUAUUUGUACAUUGUGUGACUAUACAAAUCACAACACAUUAAUAGGAAAAUGUUUGCGUUAUUUUGUCACUUAUUGGGAGCAGUUUGCUAGCUGGAGCCAUUCACUUCCAGACUUUGUGCUAAGCUAGCGAGGGCUGCGUCAGACAGAGUUACACCACGCACGGAAAUGAGAAAGGUAUGUAUGGACUUCUCUAACUAAGGGGGAUACGGUGAAUAAUCUAAAUUCCCAAAAUCUGGGCGUGUUCCUUUAAGGUUUUUGCAGCAGAAGACUUCAUCAAAUUACUGAUGUGUUGUCAAGCAGUUUAAAUUGGAGAAGUCCAAAUAACUUCUGUUGUCGUUUAAUUUGAUUUACAAUUUUAAGUGUUUUUCCUUUGUGAGUUAAAGUAUCUACAAAAGAAAGUUAUUGAUUUGUAAAAUGUUUUAAUAAAGAAAUGCUGACCCAAAAAACUGAAUCUACCAUGUAUAGCAAUGAGCAACAUCAGAAUAUGGAGCUAUUUAACACUUUAAUUUUUUGAGCGUUUGGUCUGCAUUUUUGUAAUGACUAUUGCAAUGGAUUUUUUUGGUCCAUCUAGGAACAAAGUGAUGAAAAGGAUGAAAAUGAGACGAGCCCUUGUCCUUUGUGCACGACCUGUGUACCUGCGUGAAGAUGUCUUCAAGUUCUUCAGGAACUGCAAUUCACCAGAUGGUCCAGACCUCACUGACACUCCGGUGGCUCUCUUGAACAGUCUUCAUGUAUGACCCUACUGAUGGUGCCCUCUUCAGCCCUGAGAGGAUCAGUAUUGUCGUGGAGGAUGAAAUACUUGUGAGUGGUCCCAUAAAUCUGGUUUGACUAAUUUCUCCUGCUCUUUGGGUACAUCUAUGCAAUAGACUUUCAGUACCCAAAGAAUCACGAGCUUACAUUGAGAUUUAUCCCAAAAGUUGCCAUGCGUCUUGAGGACAACAAACCACUGAAAUGGCGUCUAUUGAUGCUGAAGAAUGAUUUGUUAAAUGAGUGGAGAAUGGAUUAUUUGUUGAGAUUUUUAGGAUAUUUAGAUAUUUAGUGUCCCCCCCCCUCUUUAUAAAUGUAACCCUUUGCCUCUUUUACCUCAGAUUUAAGACGUGACACUAUUUGCCUGUUCUACCUCAGAUUUAAUACAUUUAUUGUUAAAUAUGAAAAACAUUGACAUUCAAUUCAUGCACUAUACAUGUUUAAUGUUUUGUUGCCUUAUGCCUACCUUGAUGUUGCCAGCUGAAGUAUGGCACAGUAGAAACCAGCACUUUAUUCAAAUGUUUAAUUUAAAGAAAAAGUGAUUUGCAGCCUUCAAGGUACAGUAGUGGGAAAAUGUUUUUAAAUCGUGUUAAAUGACUCCACAUUCUAAUAGUUGUUAUUGCUGUUGAGGAUAGAUUAUACUUAGAAUCUUGUUAAAUUAUAUCUCAAAUCCUUUGUGAGUUUUAAUCCUAAUUUUUACUGAAUAUAAUGAAAUAUUAUUAGAACCAAAAUACUGAAUCUACCCUCUGAAGCAUUGACCACCAUCAGAAUAUGGAAAUAAU